AUGGCUUUCACUCAUAACCAUACAAGAAAAGUCGUGCUGAUUACAGGAGCUUCGGACGGAUUAGGGCUAGCGGCUGCCAAGAAAUAUGCUCAAGCUGAUUUCACUACUGUAUUAGCUGGACGAUCCAAGGAGAAGCUGGCAAAGGCAGUUGAAGCUGUCAGAGUAGCUGCAAACAUAAAAGAGUCUCAAGCAGAUCUAAAAGUCUAUAGCCUGUGCUUUGACUUAUCCGAUCUGGACUCGGUACGCAGAGGCGUAGCUGAAUUUCUGAACCUUAACAUACCCCUCAACAUCCUCAUCAAUAAUGCUGGUAUAUUUACAACCACUCGAGAAUUUACCAAAGCUUCAAACAUCUUUGAGAAAACUAUCAUGGUUAACAUGGUUGCACCUCUCCUCUUUACCGAGUUAUUAAUACCUAGGAUGAAGGAGAGUGGUGGCGGCAAAAUUCUUAUAGUAUCGAGCAACACACAUAAUCCAGAGCAAGCUGUCCCACUUUCAAAAAAGAAGGAUACUAAAAGACUUAUUCUGCCAUUGGACAACCUUGACGGAUCCAAGGAGUGGGACGGUCAGGAUUUCUAUGCGGCAUCCAAGCUAGCAGACCUUUGGUGGGCUUACGUACUAGCCGACAAACUCACCAAUUCAGAGCCAAGAAUUACCGUGAACGCAUUUUGCCCUGGAGCUGUCCCAAGCACUAGUCUAGCUCGCGAAUUCCCAUGGAUACUUCGAAAAAUUGCCCCAAUGAUUUUCCCUCUGUUGCUUUCAAAUGUGUUGACCCCAGAGAAAGCCGCUGAGCAAUAUCUAGCUUACGGUACAGAUCCCAAGUUUGCAUUGGACAAUGGUUUUUAUUAUCAAAGGGGUAGCAAAGACAAGUCAUCAGAUGAGUCUCAUGAUAUGGUCAAGGCCAAAACUGUCUAUAAUUUAGCCUGUCAAGCCAGUGGACUUAAUGAUCAUCAAGUUGCUGUUUAA